AUGACUUCAUGUAUGAAGUGCCUUGCAUUAGACUACGAAAGGUUCAACAAGUGCUUCCAGAUGUUUCUGGAAGUAUCGUCGGAGCAUCAAGCUACGCGUAAAUUCAUUCAUGAGAAUCUUCCUGACAUCCUCACAUGCAUUGGGGAGGGCAAGACUACCUUUGAUGUCAUUUCAGUGGGGACUGGUACAGGGGAGGUGGACCUGGAGAUACUUUCACAGCUGCGUAUGGUUUUACCAGAUGUGAAGGUGGACUGUGACAUGGUGGAUCCCAGCGAGCCGAUGCUGGAGAAAUGCAAGGAACUUAUGUUGAGAACUCCCAACAUGGAAAACAUAAACUUCACAUGGAAUCAGAUGACUGCCUCUGAGUUUGAGAAGCACUGGAUUGAGAGACAGUCAGAGAAGAAAUUAGACUUCAUUCAUAUGAUUCAGAUGCUGUACUGUGUUACUGAUACUGCUGCUACUAUCUCAUUUUUCCGGAGUCUCUUAAAUGAAAAUGGAAAACUUCUCACCAUACUUGUUGCUGGAGAGAGUGGUUGGGGCAAACUAUGGGACACUUAUGGGAAGGAGAUAUGUUGCACCGAAAUAACCCACUGUGUGACAGCGGCAGACAUCAAGCACUACCUCACUGCUGAAGGAAUCAGCUUUGAAACCUUUGUGUUGCCUUCAACGAUGGACAUCACAGAAUGCUUCAUCCCCGGUGACGAGAAGGGGGAACUGCUACUAGACUUUCUCACUGAGUUGCAGGACUUCAGCAACACUGCACCUCCAGAGCUGAAAGCCAGUGUGAUGAGCUUCCUGCGUAGCCCUGACUGCAGCAGUCAGGUGAACGGAAGGAUUAUAUUGAAUAACAAUCUGGAGGCUUUGGUUUUAGACCCAUAAGUUGCAUAGCAGUUCACCAAAUGCUCAUUGCUUCUUAAUGCGGUUUUCAGUAGGUUAGUAUAUGAAAGUGAGAUUGUACGUUCGUAAGUAUAAUUUAAUUUUGUAUGGUUGUUGUUGUCAAACUUAAAAAAAACCUCU